AUGCGUACCAAUAGGUUCAAAUUGAUGCAAGAUCGGAAUGAUCAGUAUAUGUGUGUCGUAUUAUAUGAUUGUAGCACCAAGAGAGUUGUUGGAUCUGCGAAUCUGCUACUUGAGCACAAGUUUAUUCAUGAUUGUGGUUUGGCUGGUCACAUUGAAGAUGUUGUGAUAUCUGAAUCACAGCGUGGAAAGGGCUUGGGAAAAUGGCUCAUUAAGCAGCUUGUUCAUCUAGGGAAAACAAAGGGGGCGUACAAGGUAUAG